GGGGGACGGACCGGUGAGUCAGUGCAGCGCUCCGGCCCCGGAGCACAGAGGCAGGGGCGGCAGCGGCGGCAGCGGCGGCAGGGUGGAUGGCUCGGCUCGCCUCGGGGAGUGUUCACGGUCCUGGGCUCGGCCACCUCCCUGACCCCCUGGACACCCGCUGACCUCCUCUCGGACAGAGGCUCAGUCCCGCGGUGCGUAGCGUAAUGUCCAUGUUGUACUACACUCUGAUUAUAGCUUUUAUGAUCGGCACACAGGCAGCACCACAGACAGAGGACAAUGCUACACUGGGGCUCCCAGCAGGAUCCACUAUUUCCAAUACCCACCAGGCUAACCCUCGCCACACGCCUGACGCAGCUCCCUACCCGGCCCCCAGCCCCCCAGCUAGGAAGAUAAAUGGGCGGGCAUCGGGGCAAAUGUUCAACAUCACUGUGGACCCCAAGCUUUUUAGAAAGAGGCGGCUACGGUCUCCUCGGGUUCUGUUCAGCACACAGCCCCCCCCGGUCACCGCGGACGCCCAGACCCCGGAGUACCUGGACGACGACGUCUCCCUCAACCGGACUAACCGGGCGAAGAGGUCGACCCACCCCGUGUUCCACCAGGGGGAGUUCUCAGUGUGCGACAGUGUCAGCAUCUGGGUGGGGGACAAAAACACGGCCACUGACAUCAAAGGGAAAGAGGUGACCGUGCUGAAGGAGGUCAACAUCAACAACAGUGUGUUCAAGCAGUACUUUUUCGAGACCAAGUGCAGAGACCCGAAGCCCGUGGCCAGCGGGUGUAGGGGGAUUGACUCCAAGCACUGGAACUCCUACUGCACCACGACGCACACCUUUGUGAAAGCUCUGACCAUGGAAGAGAAGCAGGCGUCUUGGCGCUUCAUCCGCAUUGACACGGCCUGCGUGUGUGUACUCAGUAGGAAAUCUGGGAAACCAUGACCUGGCCAGAAGUCCUUAUUUCCCAUACCUGACUAGGCCCCUCCCUACCUCAGCCUAUAAAUUAUUUUAAAUUAUAAGAACUGUAUGGCAUAUUUAUAGUUUAUACAGUUAAAAAAAACCUUGAUUAUUUAUUAAACUCUUUUGGAAACUCUG